AUGGCUACCACCUCUGAGACCAGCUCCGCCGCCGAGCGUCUCCUGCAGCAGCAUGCUGAGAACCAUCAUGUUACUGUUGAAGACGCUCCCGAUGAGGACCUGCCUCGUAAGCCUGCUGCUUCCGCCUCCGCUCCCGCUGUGAGCUUGGAAGACGAUUUCCCUGCCCUCGGCGCCGGUGCCAAUGGCAACAAGGGCAAAAGCAAGGAGGCAGCUGCCCCUGCAAUCUGGAUGGCCAAGCUCAACACUGGAGCUGCCAACACCCCCAACGGCACCUCAAGAGCUUCUACGCCCGCUUCCAACGCCGGCCUCGCGACUCCUCCUCCCGCUGCCUCUGGCCCCCAGAGCUUGAACCUGCCUGGCCGUCACAACGAGUCCGUCAUCCUCGAUCCCAGCUCUAUUCUGCCACGCAACCAGCUCAAGCGGCCCAUCCCCGAUCUCGUCAAGGACAUCAACCGCAAGAGCCGUGCCAACCUCGCCUUCUCAUACCAGGGCAACCGCCUGAAGAUCGAUGCCACCGGCCCCCAGGACCACGCCCAGCAGGCUAUCCGUGAUCUCGUCAACCAGAUCGGAAUCAAGCACACUAUCAAGGUGCCUAUUCCCCGUUCCGUGAGAGCUCACCUCAUUGGAAAGGGCGGCGCAACUAUCAAGGCCAUCCAGGAGAAGUCCGGCGCCAAGGUCCAGUUGCCCAAGACCGACGACAACCAAGCUGCCGCCGAGGACGACGAGGAUGCCCUCAUCGACGUCAUUGUCGAGGGCAACACUGUCUCUGCAGCCGUCGCUCGCGAGCUAAUCAGGAAGAUCGCCGGAGAUCACUCCUCCAACUUGACCUCCAAGCUCAAGACCGUCCCUGCCGAGAUCUACCCCUUUAUUGCCGGCCCCAACAACAGCCGCCUUGCUCAGCUCGAGAAGGAGCACGGCGCACAGAUUCGCGUUCCUCCUCAUCAACCCUGGUCUCACCCGAUUCCCAAGUCUCAGAAUGGCGAGCGCCAAUGGUUUUCCGCCCCUCGCGACGAGAACUGGAUCCAGCUUGCCGGCGAACGUCCCGGUGUCGCUGCCGCAAGAGCUGCCAUUGAGCGUCAUGCUCAGGAGCUGCAGAACCAGCUGGUCAUCAACCAGGAGCAGAUCCCCUUCAGCAGGCACCAGUUUAUUAUCGGUGACAACGGCAUGCCGGUUGAUGAGUUUUUCAACGAGACCAACUGUGUUAUCAUUCUGCCCAGUGACCCCAGUCAGGACACUGUGACCAUCAUUGGCACCGAGGAAGAUGUUGCCCGCGGUGUCGACAAGGCCCAGGAACUGUCCAUGUUCCUGAACCAGACUUCCAUCGACGUGUCGAGGUCCCACAAGCACGCCAACAACGGUGCUCCAUCGUACAUGAGGGACGUUGCGCGAUACCUCCGACAAAGGAAGGAGAUCGAGCGGCUGGAGAAGCUUCAUCAGGUCCACAUCAGCACUCCCGUAUCCGAUGGUAGGGGUCUUCCCUGGGACCUCUUUGGCCGUGACGGCAAGAACAUCCUGAAGGCUCAGAAGGAGGUAAACUCUAUCGUCGGAGGCCAUCCUCCCUCUCGAUUUGCCACCAUCCCCAUCGAUCCCUUCUUCCACGCUUACCUCAGAAGCGAUAUCAAGCCCCAAGUCCAGAAUGACUUUGGCGUCCAAGUGGUUGUGCCCGACGCUGCUGAGGCCCAGCUUCCUGUUCUUCUCGUCUUCGAAGGCGAGAGUGCUGCACAGCCGAGCUACGAGGUCCCCCAAGUCGCCCCGAACACGCAAGAGCUGAAGGCGUUCCAACAAGGCUUGGAGGAUGCCCGUAAGCACAUUCUUGACCUUAUCAACAAGCAAGAAGAGAUCAAGACCGAGACUCUCGAGGUACCCGUCAAGUUUCACGAGAAACUCCGCAAGUUCAUCAAGAGAGAACAAGAUGCCACGACUCGCAAGGCAGGCGAGAUCCCUGUUCGUGUCAGCGUCAAGGGCACGACAAUCACGAUGCGUGGUACUGCAUCCGCUGUCGACUCGCUCGCUGCCAAGGCCAACGACUUUGUAGAGCAGGAGAAGGAAGACGAGAAGGAACGCGGCUUCAUCCUGAAGUUCGACUUUCCCCAGAAACAUGCCAACCACCUCAUUGGCAAGAGCGGUAGCCACAUUAAUGAGCUUCGGGAGAAGUUCGACGUGGACAUCCAAGUGCAAAACGGCGAAGUGGAACUAAAGGGUCCCAAGGCCAAGGCUGAGAGGGCGAGGGCGCACAUCAACUCUCUCGCAAAGAGUUGGGCAGAUGAAACCACCCACACCUUGAAGAUCGAACCCAAGUACCAUCGCGAGCUCAUCGGCUCUGGAGGCAGUCAGAUCACUCGUCUCCAGGACAGAUACAAGGUUCACAUCAAUUUCCCCCGCACCGCACGCGCUGGCAAGGAUGACGACUCUGCCGCCGACGCCGCUAGUGAUGCUGGCAAGCCGAAACGGCAACAAGGUGCUGACGAGGUUGUCAUCAGGGGUCCCAAGAAGGGAGCUGAUGAGGCUCGUGAUGAGAUCUUCUCGCUGUACUCGUAUCUGAAGGAUAAUUCCUUUACUGCCACAAUCACUGUCCAGCAGAAGCAGCUUCCUUCUUUGAUUGGUGCUCAAGGUUCAGCUAUGGAUGAGCUCCGUCAGAAGACCGGUGCCAAGGUUGAUAUUCCCAAUGAGCGUAACGAGUCUCAGGAUGCUUUGGUCGAAGUCACAAUCAAGGGUACAAAGUCUCAGGUUGCUGAGGCCAAGAAGAUCAUCGAAGAGAAGAAGGCGGUCUUUGAGGAUAGUGUGACCAAGACUGUUGAGGUCGACAAGAAGUGGCACAAGGUCCUGAUUGGCCCUGGUGGUUCCACGCUUCGCGACAUCAUCACCAAGGCUGGUGGCCCCGAUGACCGACGACUCCAAAACCGUUACAUCCAGUUCCCCAAGGCAGAUGCUGAUGGUAACGCCAUCAAAGUCGAAGGUCGCAAGGACGUGGUUGACAAAAUCAUUGCCUCCAUCGAGGGCAUGGUGUCGGAACGCGCCAGUCAAGUCAGCGAGACCGUCGAUGUGCCCAUCGAAAAGCACCGUUCCAUGAUCGGGCGUGGUGGUGAUGCGAAGCGCAAGCUGGAGUCCGAGUUUUCCGUUUCCAUCGACAUCCCCCGCCAAGGUGCUGGCCAGACCGGCGUGAAAAUUACUGGAAAGCCGGACGCUGUUGCCAAGGCUAAGGAGCAUAUCCAGUCUUCCUUCAAGGAGGAGCCAACCGAGACUGUGCAGGUGCCACGCAAGUAUCACAACGCCAUCUCUAACAACGGCCAGUUCUUCCGCAGACUACGCAAUGACUUCAAGGUCACAGUGGACCAUGCUGGUCAGGCCCCCCCUACCAAGACGAAGUCUGCCAACGCUCGUGUAAGCACUGGCGCUACACCUCUCAUUACGGAUGACCCGGAGGAGGUCGCGGAUGCCCACUCGUGGAACUUGGUCGAGAGCACGUCAAAUGAGGAAGGAGAUAUUCCUUGGGUUCUGAAGGGAACUGCAGAGAAUGUCGAGCGUGCCAAGGAGGCCAUUAACAAGGCAUUGGAACAGGCGAAGAAACCGUCUACCACUGGUUAUUUGGUCCUUGCCGACCCUUCGACCUACCGUUACGUGAUUGGCCAGGGUGGUUCCAAGGUCAACGCAAUCCGCAAACAGAGCGGCUCCCAGAUUCAGGUCCCCAAGGACCAGGCUUCCGACGAGGCUAUCGAGAUUACUGGCACCAAGGAAGGGUGCGAGAAGGCCAAGGACCUGAUCUUGGAGGCUGUUCGUGAAGGCGUGGCUUCGCGUAGCCGCGACUAG